AUGGCACAGGCUGCUACAGCAGCGGCGAGGGUGGUCAGGCUGGCAAUAGCGAACUUGGCGGCGGCCAGGGCGGAGGUGGAAGCAGAGGAGGCAGAAGAUGCAGCACGUGCGGCGGAGGUUGAGGUUGAGACCUUGCGCAGCAGCAUCAAUGGCUCCAUCGCCAGCGACAUCACUGCCGACGGGUACCUUGAGGAGCUGGCGAGGGAGAGGGCGCGGGAGCGGAUGGCACGGUGGGCAGCAGCCCACCCCCACACCCACGGCGGUGGCAGCGGCCCGAAGGACCGCGCGCCUGGUGGCGGCGGCCUGAGGGCCCGUGCUCCCGGUGGUGGCGGCCUGGAGCGCCGCGGCUGCAGCCCCCUUGGUGGGGGCAUGCGUGGUGGCGACAACACCCCUGGCGGGGGGGGGGGGGGGCGAGGCGACGGCAGCCCCCUUGGUAGGGGCGCGCGCGGCGGCGGCGGCGCCCCCGGCUACCACGCCAUCCAGGCAGUGGUCAGGGACACUGGUCCCAGUGGCGGGUGGCCAACCCUCACCAAGACCAACUACGUCGAGUAG